UCUCUCUCUCUCUCUCUCUCUCUCUCUCUGUCACUGUGAUGCCGGGCUCUGGCUGAGUGAAUGCCCGUGACCAGACUGAAGCUGGGGAAGCUAAAGGUGGUGCGGCGGCAGCUGCUGCAAAGGAUGAUCUACAAACUUUGGCGUUUGCUCUUUUCAUGGAGAACUGUUCGUUCUGACGUACCACAGCCUGCUGUCUGUGUUUGCACAGAAGGAUGAGUCACAGUGCUUCUCUACAGAGGUAUGAACACCAGCCGUUUGUCUCCUGCCUGGCCGGCCUCUAUGGUUGCCAAUGGAGACGAUACCAAAGAGCCCGGGCGCAGCCAGGAGAGUGCUGCUGCAGCAAGGUGGAGUGUGGCAGUUUUGGCCUCCUGAUCCUCACCUUCUUCCUGAGUUUUUUAUUCCUCUAUUUCUGGAGUGAAGCUCAGAAUGACUACAUUGACUUUGACUGGUUUAACUUUGGGACUCUAGGUUUCUGGUUUCCCUGGUCACUGGUCCUGCUGGUCGUUGCUGCUGCUCUCUUCACAUACAUCGCUCUACUAUUGGUGCUGGCGGUGUGUCUGCUGUCUGAAGGUCAGAGGCUAUACCUUCACUGGAGCCACAAGACUGGCAUCGUGGUGGCAUUGGGGUUCUCCGUCACAGCCACCGCCGUCUUGUCAGACCUCUGGAGCAAAGAAUGGAAGACUCUUAUUCUCUCCUUGCAGGUGACAGCACCUUUCCUCCAUGUGGCUGCAGUCUCACUAAUGGCCAUUCUCUCCUGGCCAAUCGCAUUGCACUUUUUCCGCAUGAACAAAAGAGUGCGUCAGGUGGCUGUCCUGGGUCUCUACCUGUCCGUGCUGUUCUCUCUCUACCUGGUUCCUCUGGGAAUGUACUCACCCUGCAUUAAAGAGGCAGGAACGCUGGGACCGGCUCCGAAACUCAUCGGACACAGAGGAGCUCCAAUGCUUGCACCAGAGAAUACUGUGAUGUCUUUUGAGAAAGCAGUGGAAGCUGGAGGAGAAGGACUGGAAACAGACGUCACCAUCAGUUAUGAUGGUGUUCCCUUCCUGAUGCAUGACUCCACUCUGAAAAGAACCACCAACGUAGCUGAAGUUUUCCCCAACCGAACGCACCUCGAUGCCUCCAUGUUUACCUGGGCCGAGCUCCAGCAGCUGAAUGCUGGUGACUGGUUCUUAUCGAGGGAUCCGUUUGGGACCGUGUCGUCCCUGUCUGAGGCAGACUGCUACCAGGCCCAGAACCAGUCUGUUCCCUCGCUGGCCCAGUUCCUGGAAGUAGCUGCCCGUAACAGCAGACUUGUGCUGUUUGAUCUGCACAGGCCACCAUACGGACAUCCCUACAGUCAGUCAUACAUCAACACCACCCUGCAGGUGGUGCAGGCCCACAUCAACUCCUCACAGGUGCUUUGGCUGCCAUCUGAGGACAGGGACAUGGUCCAGGCUGUGGACCCACAGCUGCAGCAGACCUCUGGAGAAAAGGCUUCAAUUCAGGAACUGACAGAUGGCCACAUCACCAGACUGAACCUGCACUACAGCACCAUGUCACAACAACAGUUCAGUAAAUACUGGUCAGUGAACAUCAGCACUAAUCUGUAUGUGAUCAGCCAGCCGUGGCUCUACACUCUGGCCUGGUGUGCAGGAGCUCAGUCCGUAACCACCAACGCCAUCCACAUCCUGUCCAGUAUCAACAAGCCGCUCUUCCUCAUGACUCCAGACGAAUAUAGUUUGAUGUGGAUUCUGACGGAUGCUGUGUCGGCCUUCCUCAUCAUUGCAGUUUUCAUAUUCCAUUGGUGGAGAGAGAGAGGCCUGCCCUUCUGGUCUGGCAGCCGUCAAACUCACGAGAAUGGACCAUACAGCAAGUUCAGGACAGAGCUGAGUGAUGUGUGGUCAAUCUCCAGCGUCAACGUCCGGCCGGACCUGCGGAGCACUCCCAGUUCACCCAGUACCCCUCAUCUGCCCACCAUCACAGAGGAGUGACAGGAGGAGAGACAGAGAGAGAGAGAGAGAGAGGCGAGAAAGAACGGUCCACAUAAUGAGAGAUGGAAAGGUUUCUCAAAAAGAGAGAGAGUUAAAGCCCCUGAAAACUUGGUUUCAAAUCUUAAUUAUUUGUUGAAUAAAUAAGUAACAAUCAAAUUUGAUGAAAAACAUUCUUUGUUAUUAUUUAUUAAGAGUUUAACACUCAAAACUAGAUGUAGUUUCAUUGGGUUUGACAGAAAGCAUGCAUCACAUUUUAUUUUUUCCAACUAAGCCCUGCCUGGUGUGAAAAGAUCAGAGAUGCCCCCAAAAAUGCAAGAAUCAUGCAGGUACAUUAACUUCAUCCAAAUUAAGAAAGGCAGAUUUUUUAAAAAUGUUUAAAUAUCAGGACAAAGUGACCAAGAAAGGACCAGAGAAACAUGUUGAGGUAAAGUAAGAGACAGCAGACUCCUCUUGUCUUUCUUCACUCUCAUCCUCUCUCAGUCCGUGGGCCGGCCGCCUGCAGGAGCUGAACUGCUGAACCAAACUUGUUCACUGAUCUGCCGUCAGAGACGGAGCAUAGAGACUCUUAACAGGAGCUCCAGUGACCAUUUAUCUCAUAGAUGCCAUUAAACAGCCUGGGCAGCGAGGACAGUUGAACACUAGCCCAGUCGCUGAAAUGCUUCGAAACAUUUUCAUCAUUCAACGCCACCAGCUGAGUUCAACAACACAAGAAGCUAAGAGGAAAGAAGAAAGCAAUGAAUAUAUACUGCUCUAGUAAUACAUGAGUCGAUUUCACUCUUUCCGUCCCGUGUUUGUGAAAGGAAGAGCAACAGAGAAGCUGGAGCAGAGACGAUGAUAAAAUAGACUCUUAUGGACUCGGAGCUACACCUUUUUCAUUGUCAGCUGUACAGGUAUCAGGUGCAUUAGACCAAACGUUAAACCAUGUCUUAAAUUUUAAUCUCUCUGUCUGUGAGUUGUUGGAUGCGGUGUAAGAACGAUACACUGUUGGACUGACGGAAUGAAUGUAAACCCGAGGCUUGAGAAGGUAUUGUUAAUUACUAUUUUUUUUUCUACUAAAGUGAAUGUAUUAUCAAGCAAGACCAUGUUUCUCAAAAGCUUAAGAGGAAUGUUUUGGCUGGGAGUCACUCCAGUUUGGCUACGGAUUUGUGCCAAAUGUUGUAUCAGCUGCUCUAAGAAAAGAUAAAGAUGCUUUUGAGAAACAAGACCAUGGCCCUGUUCAGACCUGGUAUUAAAAUUCCAAUUCAAAAAUAUGUAGGAUAUUACUACAGACAGUCCUGUAAUGUUGCAAUGUCUGCUGUAUUAUCCAUGUGUUUACCCUGUGUUUAUCUGGAUGUAGAGCAGGGAAGUGAGAUCACAAAUGGUCACUGAAGACGCAUUCUAAUGUGAACAGAAGUACUUAGAAAUUGUGAUUGGCUCACCCUGGACACAUGUUAAAGCCAGGUCUGAACAAUGCCCUUGUUACUGUUUUUACAAGGCAGUGCAUACAGCAUCUGCUUUUUCCUCAAAUAUACGCACACAGUACUUUCUGGAAGUAUAUAGUAUGUCUGUGCUAUGUUGUCCUAAUUUAAGCUGAAUUUAGAUCUCAAACCCAGAGUGUCUUGUCUCAACUCUUCAGGUGUGAAAUCCUUGAGGUUAGGGGCCUUGAUUUUCUGAGGGGUUUUUGCCAGUUUGCUGCACAGUGUUUGAGAUGAAGCAGGACGUGCUGCAGUAAGUGCCGUUAAACAAAAGGUUGUUUUCAUUGUUUAGAAUCAGUUUAUUUAUCCUGCACAGUAAAUCUAUUUAUUUAUUUUUUUAAAUAAUAUAACAGUAGUUUCUGAUACAUUUCCUUGUGUGCACAUCCGUCUAUUGCGAGAAAUCAGUGUAACAUAGUUCACAUUACAUUUAACCUGCAGUGUGACUAUGUGCACAGUAUUUUAUCCAAUCUGUCUUUCAUUUAGCAUCUAAUCUCCAAUUCUGAGUCCUUUUUAAAUUUGGACAAAUGUUGGACUUUUUAAGUUUAGGACUUGGUUGGAUUUUGGCUGCUGGUUUCAAGUACAAUUGAGUGAGGUGGGGCUAAAAUAUUACUGAAGAUGGAUAAAUGUUUGGCUGCAAUCAAAGAAGUUUCUAUACUAGUUAUUUUCUAUUAAAGUGGCUGUACACAGAGUAUAUCCAACAGUCCUAAAAAGGAGAACAGUGGGGACAGAGCUAACAGUGUAACCUGAGGGGGAACUGGCGGUGGCCGUUACGCUUCUCUGACAAAAAUUGUGGGUCGGGAAGGCAAGUGGGUCACACACAGGGAUGCACAGCCAGACUGGCUACCAGAACAAGUUGGUUGUUUUUCUCAACAACAAAAAAAGCUCAGAUUAAACCACACAGAGGGAGCCUGACAUCAUUCUCUGGUCAGGACACCAUUACUCCACUAUACGCUGACUUAGUAAAUAUGUCGUGUACAGCCCCUUUAAAAAAACACCUCUGAAGGAGACUGUGGUCAGUCCAUUCCUCAGUCUUGAGGUCAGAAAAAAGUUAAGCACUUCAUACACGAACCAGAACUACAGUUGAGUGAUUACAGUGCAGAGUCACGACUGUCUAAGACUGCAAAUGCAACAAAGCAACUUAAUGUACUGUAUUGUAUUUUAAUAUAAAUACAUGGUUAGCACUUAGUUCUACUGUAUUUGUGUUACUGUUGAGAAUAUAGGAGCUAAGCAUUUGAGCUGCAAUCACUAUAGCUACACAGCCAUAUUUAUUCUAUUGAAUACGAUGUUUUCCACCAUUGGACGGUUCAUUUUAAUGAGCGAGUCUGGUGACAAUGCAGCACUGCGCUGGAUUUCCUUUGGAGAAGAGUUGCAUUUCAUGCCUUGCAUGUUGGAUUCAUCCAACUUUCUUUCUUUCUUUCUUUUUUUAUUUCUUUUUAAAUAGAUGCUUUCUUAAAGUGAUGUUCCACCUAAGAUCUAUCUUUUCAGUAUCAGGCUUUUAAAUUGUGUCUGUAAAGAAAUUUCCCAUGGUUAUUCAAGUGGAAUCCUAACCUCUAUAGAAACUUCCCAAAACAAAGUCAAGUAAAAACGCAGCGCGCUAGAGGUCAAAACAGUGGGCUUCAUAUCUGAUUUGUAGCAUAUUGAUUAUAAAUAAGAUCAACAAAUGAUGAUAUACAGGUGAUUUUUUCAGCAGUGUCUGACUUCAGGAUGGCUGCCUUUUUUCUGACUUUAGUUUCGGGAAAUGCAGACAUUGCAUAUUUUAAAAGGUAAUCAACCUUGGACUCUAUUUUUCCAUGUUUCUACAGUGUUAUUUCUUCAUGAAAAAGUGCUGUGUUUCUUGUCCUCUUUGGCUGGUAGUAGUCAUACCGGUAAAAACAGUCACUGGAGACUUGAUGGCCUGCAAACUGCAGAAAGCACAAGUUGUUGCUUGGCAAUUAUUCACUUAGUAGAACAUUAUAAAAUAGGGUCCAGGUCGGAAAACCUGUUUCCUCUUAAAUCAAAGAAAUGUCUUAAACCACUGCAGUAAAAUCCACUUAUACACUAUCUCGCCAAAUCAUAGAUCUAUGAAGCUUCACUGGUAUCUGACAAAAUCAACACAUACAAAAUUUGGACAACAUGACAGCAGAAACGACACUUUAAUGUUAUCUCUGAAAGCAGAGAUUUAACCUAAUGUUUCUAAUUUAAAUAUCUAUAUUUAAGACUUUUUCCAUUGCAUUGUUUUAACAUGCAGGCGACCCUGCAUGCUGCUUUGCAUGUUAUUACAGUAAAGAAAAUGCAAGCAAACCUAAAUUGGUGCAGUCAAAACUAGAACUACUUCUAGAAAAACAAAACAAAAGGAACAUAAGUGAUACCCAGAGGAAACAAAUGUUAAUGACAUUAACAACACAUUGUCCAUAUGGUGCUGUAAAAACUCUCCCACUAGAGGCAAACACCUUGUUGUUGUUUAUUCUCAGUGAACAAAAUUACUUGCUGCAUGAAAAGAUUUUCUUGUUUCUUGGCAAAACUUAAGAGCAAGCCUUUGUUUUAUUUUCAGAGCCACUCCUGAUCAGUACAACACGCCUGCUGCUUUGCUGUCUUGAUGCCUGUAGAUUUAAAAAAACAAACAAACAUGUUUUAAAAGGUACGUUCACAGUUAGUGCUGGUGUUAUGGAAUUAUUAAAUGGAGUUAUGAUUUCACUUCACCAGUAGAAGUUCUCCAUAUAAAAGCUGUGAUUUGUGAUUUGGUUCCAUCUGUGCUGUGAUUCAGGAUUCACGGUUUGAACUUGUCAUGCUGGUCUGUUGGCAGAAGGACAUUGGAUUUUCUUAAUUAGAGACUCAAUCUGAAAUGACACGUGUGUGCACAACAGGUGUAUACAUUUCUCUCAGUACCGACUAGUACUGAUAAUGAACCAGAUUCCAUUCUUUCAAAUGGUUAAAUCUCUGUAGCAUUUUACAUCUUGUGCUGUAUUGAACAGAUUUUUAUUUUAUUUUAUAGAAUCAUUCACAAUUUUGUUUUUGUUUUUUAUUUUGUUUUGUUUUUUACUGUAACUUUUCUCUGAUUGUAAAUGCUACUGUCAUCUGCUAUUAAAACGUUAGAAAUAA